AUGUGGUAUUUGCAUAUGAUUGAUCACUUCACUCGAUACAGUAGAGCUGCCAUUGUGAAAAAUAAACUUUCAUCAACAAUUGUAAAGAAAUUCAUGCAAAAUUGGAUCAGCAUUUUUGGAAGUCCGGCUCGUAUUCUGAGUGACAACGGCGGAGAAUUUGAUUCUGAAGUGUUCAAAGAUAUGUGUGAAAAUUUUAAUAUAACAUUCACGACGACAGCUGCAUACUCACUGUGGUCUAAUGGACUCAGCGAGCGACACAAUAGGACAUUGACAGAAACAUUGAUGAAGAUUAAGGCAGCUGAGAAAUGUGAUAUGGAAACUGCACUUGCUUGGGCUGUUAGCGCAAAAAACUCACUUGUGAAUAACAAUGGCUUCAGCCCUAACCAGCUCGUGUUUGGAAGGAAUCCGACUUUGCCAUCAGUUACUCAUGAUGACCCACCUGCCUUGGAAGGUGAAACUGUAAGUCUCACUGUAGCCAAUAAUAUAUUUGCAAUGCAAGCUGCCAGAAAAGCAGUUAUUGAAUCAGAAUCUUCCGAAAAAAUAAGAAGAGCAUUACGAACACAAACCCGACAGACUCGGGAUGAAUUCUUCACGGGAGAAGAGGUUUAUUAUAAGAGAGAGGAUCAAAAACGUUGGAAGGGCCCUGCAAAAGUAAUUGGGCAAGAUGGACCGGUUAUUUUUAUACGACAUGGCGGACAGCUAAUCAGAGCACAUUCAUGCAGAGUCCAGCAUGCUGACCGUUAUCUUCAGGAUUUUCCUCAGACAGAGGAGGUUUGCAUUCCAACAGAUUCUAAUGAUGGAAUUGACGCUUCGUCUAAUGGUAAUGAUCAUAUAGAAGAUGAGGAACAGUCUGUUCCAGAAAUUUCAAAUGAAAGCAAUGAUUCUGAAAAUAUGGAUAAUGACCAAAGUGCAAUUGGCAAUCCAGUUCAAGCAGCAACUGGUGGCAGACGUAAUUUCAACUUGACUAAAGGCAAAAUUGUCUCUUUUACAUUAGCUGGUGAAGACUAUGAAGCCAAAAUCCUUAGUCGUGCAGGUAAAUCAACCGGGAAAUAUGGGAAAAGCUACAAUGUUGAAUAUUGUAAUCCAGAAAGUUUUAGAGGAAAAUCUGGGUACGUAGAUUUUGAUAAAGUGGAAAAUCUGAACGAGAAGGAAAUAGAUGAAAACACUCAUGAAGAUGUGUUGGUCUUGGAAAAUGUUGACUUUCUAGAAGCAAAGAAGUCAGAGUUGAAAAGCUGGAGACAAAAUAAGGUCUACAAUGAAGUCGAAAAUGUUGGUCAACCAACAAUUUCCAUACGAUGGGUGUGUUCAAUGAAAGAUACUGAAGAUGGAAUCAUUCCCAAAGCCAGACUUGUCGCAAGAGGCUUUGAAGAACAAACUGACGAUAUUGCUAAAGAAUCGCCCACCUGUUCAAAAGAUUCACUCAGGGGAAAUUGUGUGGAUAGAGAAAUAUUUUUAAAGCCUCCCAAAGAGGCUGGAACUACCAAGCUAUGGAAACUAAACGAAUGUGUUUAUGGAUUAAGUGAUGCAUCACUCAAAUGGUACAAUCGACUAAAGAAGUUUCUCGUUGACCAAGGAGCAAAAGUAUCAGCAUCUGAUUCAGCAAUGUAUACUGCAAUGGGGAAUUACAAGGAAUAG